AUGGCAAUACAGAUGUGCGAAUCCUGGGAGUCUCCGGUCGAGUCGUUCAUCAACUACUACAAGGGGAACAGAUUAUCGCUGGAAAUGGUGCUCUUUCUGCUGGAAACGCUCCCGGAGGAGACGAGCAACAACAGGCUGAUACUGGUACCGGAACAUCAGGCGAAGAUAACGACGAAGCUGAAGGCGGAGUACGCGAAGGUGGCGGAGUUCCUCAACGCACUGAACUAUAAGAUGCUGGGGAAGAUACUGAAGGUUUGGCACAACUGGAAGCCCUUUGACACGCUCAGCAGCAACGGAGACCUGAGCAGGAGCUUCUGGAACGACUGCCUGGAGAUAGUGAGGAACCCGAGGCUCAGAGAAGAGGGCCUGGAGGAGGAGACCUACGAAAUAUCAGUAGAUUGUAUAGUGGACUCGCUGCAGGAGUGCGCAUACCUGAGGGAUAAGAAGGCGUACAGCGAGCUGGUGGAGCUGCAGAAGGCGUGCUUCAACGUGCUUGUGCACCAGAUGCAGCCGCACCUGGAGGAGGCCUUCGAGAAGAGGGACGUCGCCCUCUACGUCAACCUGUCUAUGCUGUUCGUGAACCUGGUGGACUCGGUGAACAUAGAACACAGCACGAGCGACGCGGAAGUGGUGCGGCUCAUGGAGUACCUCCUGAAGCUGAUAGCGCUGCCGUACCUCCUGAUGUACAGCGGCAGCGCCGCGAGCAAGUUCGCGAACCCCUUCACGAGCGAGUACAGCCACGUGAAGUGCAGAGAGGCCGUUCUGACGACGCUGACAGGCUCUAACCCUGAGGGGACGAACCCUAUGGACCUGGACGACGAAGUCUGUUACAUAUCGCAGAAGGCAGUGUACGCACUGGUGGACGUCCUGUCGAAGUUCUCGAAGAGCCUCGGGAGAACGCUGAGCGGGCUGCUGCUGCUGGUGAGCCUGCCGCCGUACAGACAAUACGUGUACUCGGACACCUCAAGGAACCAGAGGAUGAACUACACGGAGCACAUCGACAACUACAGCUACUACCUGGCGGACGUGAAGAAGGCCUACGAAGAGCUGCUGAGCAUGGUGGGCAGGAACGCAGUAUUCGAGUACGUGAGCACGAACCUGGUGAACUCGCCAACGCUAGCCUACAGCGUCCUACGGGUACAGAGCUCGUUCGAGCUGCUGCCGCCCUGCAUAAGCAUAACCGCGACGAAUAACGGAAGCGCGAGGAGCGGCGUUGUCGUGUGCAGGACGGCCAGCGUGCAGGCAGCGGAGAAGGUGCUAUCCAAGGUCACAGAACUGCUGAUGGCGCACAAAGCCUCGAUCUACCCGGAGAAAGUGCACGACAACAUUCUGCUUCUGAUGGCUAAGGUCGACGCAGUGAGCGCAAUCCAAGAGGACGUCCAGGACCUGUGCGAGAGACUGAAGUACGAGAGCGGCUACAGCAUCAGCAUGAUAUGCGACCGCACACUGAAGGACGCGGACAACGAGAUGAUGGUGCUGAUGCUCGAGAGCCUGGCGACCUCCUGCUCCACCCUGAACGAACGAGACCUGAUGGCAGUGUUCAGCGAGCUGACCAGCAGCACGCUGGCGCAGCUGACGAGCAUAGUGAACGCAGUGCCUGCGAACACGGCGAUCCCGAGCAGCAGCAUCUCGAAAACCGACAGGGAGCUGAUAGUUAAGCUGCUGAACAGCAUCGUGGCCUUCACCAGGAACCUGAGGAACAGGCCGGAGCUUGAGCCAGUGGUGGGCGAGCGGAUACUCCCAGUGCUGCUGAGCCUGCUGCGAAUAUUUUACCUCGACGAGGAACUGGUCGAGGUGAUAUGCAGGUGCAUAAAGCACAACGCGAGGGUGCUGGACCUGCAGUUCGCGAAGUACGUCGCGGGACUCGCGCAGACGAUCUCGGCGGUGGCCCAGGCGAAGAUGGUGAGCACCUACCUGUACCUGAUCGAGUGGCUCCACUCGAUUUUCUACGCAGCGGAGGUAAGCGGGGCCGAGGGGCAGAAAGGAUGCCUCGGAAGCCACAGCAACCAGGGCAGUCUAGGAAAUUUAGGAACCACGAGCGAGAACGAGCAGGACGACGGGCACGAGGAGAUGCUCGUCGAGGACUUUUACGGACUGCAGGCGGAGUUCUUCCUGAACAGCGACACGUAUCUGAACGACCUGGCGACGAUCAACGAGAUCAUCGACUGCAGCUGCAAGUUCAUCUUCAUCAGGAGGCCGCGCUGCGUCUUCAACUUCUGGAAGUCGCUCCUGAAAAUGAGCAGGAGGAACCAGCAGGUGGCCGCUCUGGCGGGCAGGCACCUGCAGACGCUGGUGAGCAACUGCCUCAGGACUCUGCAGGAGGCCUGCAGCAAGUCCACGGAGUUCUACGUGGAGGACCUGAUGACCGCAGUGCUGGCGUUCGUCAGGUCGAGCCACUUCGCGCUCCCGAGCGCGGUCGGGGGCCCGAAUGGGCUCAGCCAGGGCGGAGCGUCCGGCGACGCUGCGGCCCGAGAGCAGUACCUGGAGGUGCUGUUGGCCAACGGCCUCAACUGCCUCCCUGCCGAGAUCAUAGGCAACGAGAGGCUCCGGCAGUCGUUUCUGAGCGGCCUGCUCAAAAGGACCGCGAGCACGGUACACCACUUAUACAAACUGCUGUCGAAGUUGUCGAUGCGGAACAGAAUGUAG